AAAAUGCCCAUACUGUCUGCAAAAUUUCAUUUAGAAGCAAUCCCGCCGGCCGCCGCUCCCGGCUUUUCUCGUUUCCCCCGAACUUUCCCAAUCGCUAAACCCUAAACCCCUAAUUUCCCCGCCAUGGAAUUGGCUGCAAUUUUGUUGUUCGCGAGGUUGCGAUGUUGCGUUAGGCGGAGCGGAUUUCAGUCCGUCUCUACAUUCGUUCACCACCGCCGAGGAGCGCCGCCGGAAGAGCCUCAUGUUCGGCGGAGGCAUCAGUCGCUGAGCACUACAUACGAAGCAAACUGGCGCAGACCUAUGGCUGCGGCGACUCCCGUCGAAAAUGUGGCCCAAAUACCUGUCAGUCUGGGGUUUCUCCGCCUAAUUCCGACGGAACGAAUGCGACUGAUGGCGCGAACACUUGACGCGAAGGGUUUGACGGACCGAUUCGCCGGUUGGAUGGCGGAACAGCGGUGGGCGGAUGUGAAGCAGCUGUUUGAGUUCUGGAUUCGUGGAACGGAUGCAAAUGGAAAGCCGAAUAAGCCUGAUGUGAAGGUGUACAAUUAUUAUUUGCAGGCGAAUUUCUUGGUGGGGGCGUCUUCGAGCGAAUUGCUUGAUUUUGUGGCGCAGAUGGAUGGUUUUGGUGUGUCUCCAAAUACGGCGUCGUUUAACCUUGUGCUCAGGGCUAUGCACCAGGCCGGUGAAACGGCGGCCGCCGAGAAAUUGAUUGAAAGGAUGAUUCAGAUUGGGAAAGAUUAUAAGGAAGCUUCACCGGAUGAGGAAUCGUACAAGUUGAUUGUUAGCUUACUCUUUUCAGAUAACCGGAUUGAUUCUGCCGUGAACUACAUUGAUCUGUCCAUGAAAUCUGGAUAUAUGUUGUCCACAAAUGCAUUCAUUGUCUGCGUACGAAGUUGUGUUAAUAAUGGAAGGCUAGACGCCUUGCUAUCAAUUAUGGACCGAUUCAAGAAAAUGCAUAAGAGCAAACCUUUCCAGCCCCCUUGGCAUGUGUGCACUUAUAUUGCCGAUGUUGCAAUGCAAUCAGAUAAGAGUGAGUUAGCUUAUUGUGCUUUCGAAUUCAUGGCCAAAUGGAUGGCUGGAGGUGAAACCACUAGGCCAGCUCUUCCUUCUAUGGAUGAAGGGUUGGUUGUAUCUGCGCUUGCAACUGCUGGUCGAAUGUACAAUUCUAAACUCCUGGAUUGUUCAUGGGCGGUCCUCAAGUGCUCGUUGCGACAACAUAAGGCUCCUGCUCCUGAAUCGUAUCUCGGGAAAAUAUAUGCUCAUGCUAACAUGGGGAACAUACUUAAGGCUUUUAGUACUUUGCAUGAAUUCGAGGCAGUGUAUGGAAACUCCGAGCGAGAAGAUGUGGAGGGUCUUUUCUCUCCUUUUUAUUCCUUAAAUCCUCUGGUCAUAGCAUGCACUAAGAAAGGUUUCACGACCUUGGAUGCAGUGUUUGAGGGUUUAUAUCAUGCUCAUCCUCAUAUCAAGUCCAUUGCUGCUGUAAAUUGUAUAAUUCUUGGUUGUGCAAAUAUGUGGGAUGCUGAUCGCGCUUACCGUAUUUUUAAUUCUAUUGAUGCCACCUUUGGAUUGACCCCGAACAUCGAUUCAUACAAUGCCCUUAUAUGCGCCUUUGGGAAGCUCAAAAAGACGGAUGACGCUGUAAAAGUGUUUGAUCAAUUUGUCGCACUGGGUGUGAAACCGAAUAUCAUUACAUACUCUCAGCUUAUUGAUGCGCAUCUCAUUGUUCAUGAUCUGAAGGCUGCUCUUGCAACAAUUAACAGCAUGAUAGGUGCUGGCUAUGAACCAUCGAAGGAAAUUCUAAAAAAGGUACGGAGGCGAUGCAUUCGUGAAAUGGACUACAAAUCUGACGACCAAGUGGACUCCUUGGCAAGAAAAUUCAAUAUUCGAAUGGGCACAGAGGUCCGGAGGGACAUGCUAUUUAAUCCUCAAUCUGACAAGGAUGAAUGAAGUUAAACUUGGAAUUGAAAGACGAGCAACUCUAAUUAGGACAGAAUUCAUCCCUAUAAUGCUCCACAAAACAUGAAGUACAAGAUCCAUUCGGAACUCCCAUAGUCCUAUUGAAUCAAGUUCAACCACGUCUAUUGUCAAGUAAUAUCGAAUUAGUAAUCAAUCCUUAGUGUACAUUCCUCAGGUCUGAAGAUGAAGAUUCGGGGAGGCAAAGUAUAUUAUUAUCCGUCAUUAUUGCUCGGAGCCUGAAUGUGACAUAAUUUACGGCAGCUAUCUUGGGCUUAGUUUUACAGUAUCUGAAGCUGUGUCUUCAAAUGCUGAAGAAAUAUAAAAAAGAGGUUUUCUUCAGAUCAGCACUACUCAGACUUGUAACAGCUAGAAGGUAACUUCCUAUGCUUACAAUUUAUUUCCCUGUUGAUGAUAUGUAUAUAUCUAAAAAUGUUCGAAGAUGCUUUCGACGUAGCUGUUGAGGCAGUUAUCGACAAGAUCACAAAGUUGAGGAAGGCAAUGGGACCUCAUGAAUUGGACCCAUAAUUCUCUAAUCCCAAAAAAGACAUCAUUCAUGGACGAUACUAAAAUUCGUCGGGGUCGUCUUUUGGUAAAAUCCCAUCCCAAGUGUGCACAAGUGCUUUGGAUGCCAAUGAGGUAUGAUAGAUAGAUAUUAUUUCCUAGAUCAUACAUUCGCCAAUCCUUAUUGAAAUGAAUUAUAAUGUAUAUUGUGUGUACUUGUAUUAUAUUAAAUUAAAGAUUUAUUAUUUUAUUUUAUUGUAUUGUGUGCUUU